UGUAGGGCUAAUACAAAAAGUAUAUUUAAAAAAGCUAAACCAAAUCCCUCCCUUGUAAACAGUCCUGGGUUGUGUUGGAUUUCAAAAACCAAAGUCUGACUCUGACCCGGUUCAAGAAAUGAUGAGGAACAAUCUGUCGCACCGCCAACUUGUUUCGUAACGCCCACUUCUUUCAGACCGCCCACUUCCAGACCCAUAUGGCUCCAGUCACCGAAGAGCUACAUUAAUCCACUUCCUUGUUUAUAAUUUGAAAAGCAGAAGACCAGUCGGCUAACCGACCUCCUUGUUUAGAAAAAAUUGAAUGUAGAGGAAAUCCGUGGAAGUAAAAUGCAUGUGCGAAAAUGUACCCGUCCCAGUAUCGUAGUGCUACUCCUUCACAUGAUACCGUUAUUUAGAGCGGAGAGCCAGCCCCCCAACAUAGUGUUCAUCUUGGCCGAUGACUUCGGAUGGAAUGAUGUCGGAUAUCACAACUCAGAGAUCAAGACACCCAACCUAGACGCACUCUCUGCCACUGGCGUCAGACUGGAGAACUACUAUGUCCAGCCAUUGUGUACCCCCUCCAGGAAUCAACUCAUGACCGGGAGAUACCAGAUCCACACAGGCAUGCAGCACCAGAUCAUCUGGCCGUGCCAGCCAUACUGUGUUCCACUUGAGGAGAAGCUACUGCCUCAGCUCCUGAGGCAAGCCGGCUAUGACACCCACAUGGUGGGGAAGUGGCACCUGGGCAUGUACAAGAAGGACUGCCUGCCCACCCGACGGGGCUUUGACAGCUUUUUUGGCUACCUGACCGGCUCUGAGGACUACUUCAGUCACGUGCGCUGCCACCCCCUCCCCUCCAAGCUCACCCGCUGUGCUCUGGAUCUGAGGGAUGGGGAAGAGAUUGCCACGGGAUACGAAGGACAAUAUUCCACUGAGCUGCUGACAGAGAAAGUCGUCAAGAUUAUAUCCAAUCAGGAUCCCAGGAAGCCCGCCUUCCUGUACGUGGCGCUGCAGGCCGUCCACAGCCCCCUCCAGGUCCCCGAGCGCUACAUGGCGCCGUAUGCCUUCAUCGAGGACCCUCGCCGCCGGCUGUACGCGGGCAUGGUGUCGGCCAUGGACGAGGCGGUGGGGAACAUCACGGCGGCGCUGCGGGAGACGGGCCUCUGGAACAACACCGUCCUGGUGUUCUCAACAGACAACGGCGGGCAGACCCUCUCGGGGGGGAGCAACUGGCCACUGCGGGGGAGAAAGGUGUCUCUGUGGGAGGGUGGGGUCAGGGGCGUGGCUUUCGUGGCCAGCCCUUUGCUGCAGCGACCCGGGAGCGUCAGCCGGGAGCUCCUCCACGUCUCGGACUGGCUCCCCACCCUGGUGGGCCUGGCGGGGGGGACGCUGAACGGGACCAAGCCCCUGGACGGCUUCAACGUGUGGAAGACCAUCAGCCAUGGCAGCGCCUCGCCCCGGGUGGAGCUGCUCCACAACAUCGACCCUCUGUUUGUGGACAUGGGAGCAUGCCCGGGGGGGGGUGAGGGGUCCUCCAGAGAGGACCGGCGCUGGUCGUCUCUGGGCUUCAAUAUCUCGGUCCACGCGGCCAUCCGCUACUCCAACUGGAAGCUGCUCACGGGAUACCCGGGAUGUGCUGUGUGGUUCCCUCGGCCCGGGGGCCCCAACAGCACCAGGGCCGGGGCCCUGAAGCCCGUCAUGCUGUUUGACGUGGAGAGCGACCCCGAGGAGCGGGCGGAGGUGUCGGACAGCCACCCCUCUGUGGUGGAGUUCCUCCUCCGUCGGCUCAACCACCACCAGAAAACGGCUCUGCCCAUUGUGUUCCCGGAGGAGGACCCCCGCUGUGACCCGGGGCCCACCGGUGCCUGGGGCCCCUGGGCCUAGAGGGCGAGGCUCUAGCCCCCCUGGGCCUAGAAGGCCUAGGGGACUAGGCUUCAGCCCCACUGGGCCUAGAGGGCCGAGAGGGCCUAGAGGGCAAGGCCUGAGCCCCCCUGGGCCUACAGGGCCUGGAGGGCAAGGCCUGAGCCCCCCUGGGCCUAGAGGGCCUGGAGGGCAAGGCCUGAGCCCCCCUGGGCCUAGAGGGCCUAGAGGACUAGGCCUUAGCCCCCCUGGGCCUAGAGGGCAGGCCUGAGCCCCCCUGGGCCUAGAGGGCAAGGCCUGAACCCCCCUGGGCCUAGAGGGCCUAGAGGGCAAGGCCUGAGCCCCCCUGGGCCUAGAGGGCAAGGCCUGAGCCCCCCUGGGCCUAGAGGGCAAGGCCUGAGCCCCCCUGGGCCUAGAGGGCGAGGCUCCAGCCCCCCUAGGCCUAGAGGGCGAGGCAUCAGCCUCCCUGGGCGUACAGGGCCUAGAGGGCGAGGCCUCAGCCCCCCUGGGC